AGCCCAGCUGAUGAAGUGAGUUGUUGAGCGAAGGAGAUGUACCACAGUUUGGCUUCACGCUCAUGGCAGACAACAUUGUUUACACUGGAUCACUCCUCAAAUACAAAUCAUGGAUGAGAUGGUCCUCAAAGAACUUUGUCUUGACUUCCGAAGCUUUAACAUACAGCUCUGCAUCAAGAAGUGAAGGAUACUGUCAUCUGAAAAACAUUGUAGUUCACAAUGAUGGUGGCAAUUCAUUCAACAUUGUCAACAGAGCAUCUAGUAUCACUAUGUACUUAAAAGCUCCAUCUUUAGAAGAAAAGACUGAGUGGAUUAAUGCUAUCAAUCAACAAAUUGCUAAUAUACUGUACUCUGGUUCCUUGAAAAAGUGGACAAAUGUGAUCAAGGGAUGGCAACAAAGAUAUGUUAUCUUGUACAAAGACAGGUUGUGCUAUUAUCUGAAUGAGGAAAGUGUUGGUAUGAGACGAGGUACUAUUUAUCUUAUGAACAGGAAGGUUUCUGUUACUCGCAGUGGCACUAAGUUUGGUUUUGAUGUGAUAUCAUCUGACACCAACACAACAUGGUACCUGAAGGCCACAUCAGAGGACGAAUUACUGACCUGGACCUCUAAAAUAUAUAACAGGAAGCUUCUGAACAUAGCGCUUGGAGACGAAUCAGGUUUGAACUGCAGAGCCGUCUCUAGUUGGUCACUAAACAGCACAGCCAGUAAACAAGAUAUGGAGGUGGACUCUGAUGGCCGUGCGCUCCCCUCCGCUCCUCCUCUUCCUAAAUCUAGACACUCAAGUGUUAUCGAGGAGGACAGUGACCAGGAAUCGAGCUACAGGAAGGAUCUAGAAUGUACGAUAUGUCUGGAGUUGUUACACGAGCCCACCACCCUAACCUGUGGGCACAGUUUCUGUAGAGAUUGCCUCUCUAAUCUCUGGGCUGCUGACAGAUCCAGAUUCUCGUGUCCAGCCUGUAGACACAGUAUAAAUACUGUACCUGCAGUGAACAUCGCUCUACAGAACCUGAUACCUGUCCUGUACGACAACGAGGAAGUGAUUGAGAGGACGACCAGUGGAAACAGAGAAGCUUUUGAUAACUUCUUCUCAAAUCCUCACAACGCCUCUCCCUCCAGCACGCAAGGGGGAGAUGCGUCCGGACGGGCAUACAAUCACACAAACUUAGAGUAUGAGUUCUUAAAACGAGGAAUGUGUCUUAUCUUUAUCUUGUGGGUGGGAAGCAAGGUAAUAUCUCCCUUCAUGCCUGUCAUUGAUGUCGCUUCCUCUGACUCCGUCAACCAACCAACCGGCGACCAAGAAGACAGCCCUGACAAUGUAACGGCUUUCAUUAGCUUGAACUCACGAAGAACGCUUAUAUUUCUGUUGGUCGGAGCGAUACAGUGUCCACGAUUUCUCGGGGCAUAUGUCGUUCUGUUUUGGUACAGCAGUCUUUUCUUCCCUUCUCUCAAAAUAGUAUCAGUGAUGUUUAAUCAGACAUUAGGGUUCGGACUACAGCUUAAAGUGAUGAUAUGGGGCGCAGUUGUGCCGCACAUAUGGCUCAUACCCCUUUUUGUUCACGAGCAGCAAUACGUGCUUGCGAUAAUCAGUAUCGUCAUUUCCGGGAUAGAGUGUUGGGAGCUGUUUUUCUUCGUCAGACAAAUCUUCCAUCUGCAACAUGACCGUGAACAGUAUGUUAUGUCAGCGAUGAAACGCGAGAGCGGUGUUUCGUUGAUGAGGCUUUUAUUCGCAAGAGCUAUAUCGUUCUUACCGUGGGGCUGGUUACCAGACGUCCUGUAUUACGUUGCUCUGCUGCUCGUCACUGGGGAAAUGAUGUCCAAGUACACCAACAGAGUCCGGGGCCUGUUGGACCGGACUCGAGCACUUUCCAGUCAGAUCCCUGGCGUUCAGAUCAGCAAUGUUUCUCUUUCACUUUCGGGUGAAAUGAGAAGGACUUAAAAAGAGCUCAAAGUUCGAUUAUGGGACAUUGUAAUGUAAAUAGAGUUUCCACUGCUGGUUGCGCCGUAGAUUAGACUAUUCACGUGCAGUUAGUUUAGGAUGAUUUAAAAAGGGCUAUUGUGUUUAUUCAGCUAUUACACAUCUUGCAUAAAAAUAGUUAGAAUUGUUACAUAGUUACACCGAACAUUCCAACUAGUUUUCGUGUAACAAAGCUAUUUCUUAGUUGAUGUUAGAACUUAGAAGUCACAAUGUUUACACAAGUUUAAACUUUAAUGAGGUCUGCACGUUCUCUUUUAUUUUCAGAUCAUUGUUCGCGGUUGGCGAGCUGAACCAAUUAAUUUACCGAUUUAAGUUACAUCAUUGAUUUACAUCAUUUUUUGAUUUACAGUGUAUAUUUUUCUGAUUUUUGUCGUUUUUAAGCCUGUUUGUAGAGGCGAUAGUUCAGUUCACUGUUCACAGUGCACAAAGGAUAAAGUAGGUUUUCAGAUAAUUUUGAAGUUUAUCCUUUAUUUUUAGAUUUAACAGACAAUAUUGAGAGGAUCUGCCAAGAUAUAAGUGUAUUUAUUUCAAUAAAUUUUGUUACAAGCCCUUAA